UGUUAUCUUCUUGGUGCUUUAUUUUAAUUUAGCUCACUUUUCAAACAAUGCUUCAAUUCCUGAACCAAAGUAGUGAAACAGAAAUGCAGUGGGCUCAUGUUUGGGAAGGUACUGAAUCUUAAAUGUCCUUGUUUUCUCCUGCAGUCUUGCGACAGCUGAACUCUUCCAUCGCCGUCACCAGCCUCACGUCGGGUCAGUGUCGCCUGGCUCCGCUCAUCCAGGUCGUCCAGGACUGCAGCCAGCUCUACCACUUUAACGUCAAGCUGCUUUUCAAGCUGCAUGCCUGUCUGCCUGCUGAUACCCUACAAGGACACCGUGACCGUUUCCGUGAGCAAUUCAACAGCCUGAAGAACUUCUUUAACAGAGCUAGAGAGAUGGUGUAUUUCAAGAGGCUGAUCCAGAUUCCCCGGCUGCCUGAUUCUCCACCCAACUUCCUGCAUGCAGCAGCGCUGGCCAAACACGUGAAGCUGGUGGUUGUCAUCCCCGAGGACGAUGAUCAGCAAGACGACGAUGACGAUGAGCCAGAGCCGCUCAUCGAGGUCGAUACCUCGACCCCCAGCCUGCAGUCUCAGCCUCAGGUGGACAUUUUUGAUCAGGCGUUUGGACCUCCAAAUGGAGGCUUUGAUGAGAGGGAUCUCCAGAUCGAAAGCCUGAAGUCAGAACUUGAGCUGCUAAGAGCAGAGCUGGAGAAAGUCAAAACGGAGGUGAGGAUUCUAGAAUACCAUAAUGCUUCAGUGUAGGAAUUUAUUUUUUCU